CUUCUCUUUGCAGCUGCUGUCUAGGCAACCGACGUCCCCUUCGACCCCAUUCACCCCCACCAACCAACCAACCAACCAACCAUCUGAGCUGUGGGCGCGGCUGUGUCGAGUGCCGAGCAGUGCCGCAGGCAGUCAGGCAGCGGGAGGGACGCCUGUUUACCGAGCUCGCGUGGGGGCGGGGGCUUUCCUCCUGUUCAGGGCUGACAGUUGGGCUCGUGCCGCUGCGGUGCUGAGCCGUGAGGAGAGGAGAGGAGAGGCGAGAGGAGGGCGGGCGUUUGUGUGGCGGCGGCGGCGGCGGCGGCAAACCAUGGGUACUCCAGCCAAAGAUGUCACAAUUUCAGCUGACGCGCUUGCUGUUCUUUUGUUGGACAAGCAUGUGGAUUACAUCGCCUCGUACGGAACAAAGAAGGACGAUUAUGAAUAUUGCAUGUCUGAGUAUCUACGAAUGAGUGGAAUUUAUUGGGGCUUGACAGUUAUAGAUCUGAUGGGACAACUGCACCGAAUGAACAAAGAAGAAAUUCUCCAGUUUGUUAAGUCAUGUCAGCAUGACUGUGGUGGAAUCAGUGCUAGUUUAUGUCAUGAUCCUCAUCUUCUGUAUACCCUUAGUGCUGUACAGAUCCUUUCUCUAUAUGAUAGUCUACAUGUCAUUGAUGUCCAUAAAGUUGUUGAAUAUGUUAAGGGGCUACAACAAGAAGAUGGCUCAUUUGCUGGUGAUAAGUGGGGUGAAAUUGACACUAGAUUCUCCUUUUGUGCUGUAGCAACACUGGCACUUCUGGGAAAACUUGAUACCAUUAACAUAGAUUCAGCGGUUCAAUUUGUUUUGUCCUGUAUGAACUUUGACGGUGGAUUUGGUUGUAGACCCGGCUCUGAAUCUCACGCAGGACAGAUCUAUUGUUGCACAGGAUUUCUAGCUAUAACUGGCCAGUUGCACCAUAUUAAUGCUGACUUACUUGGUUGGUGGUUGUGUGAACGGCAGUUGCCAUCCGGAGGCCUUAAUGGACGACCAGAGAAGUUGCCUGAUGUUUGUUAUUCGUGGUGGGUGCUAGCAUCUCUGAAAAUAUUAGGACGGAUACAUUGGAUUGACAAAGAUAAACUGAGAUGUUUUAUCUUGGCUUGCCAGGAUGACGAGACAGGUGGUUUUGCAGACCGACCUGGAGAUGUAGUGGAUCCCUUCCAUACCUUGUUUGGAGUUGCAGGCUUGUCACUAUUGGGAGAUGAGCAGAUUAAGCCAGUGAACCCCGUGUUUUGCAUGGCAGACGAUGUCCUGCGAAGAAUUGGUUUGCAGCCUGAAUUAUUGACCUAAAAUUUGAGUUUGAGUCGUAGUGCCAUUUAAAUUCUAUUGCCUGGACAACACACAUUAGCAAAAUUUAUUCCACUAUCUGAUCUGGAUUUUGCAAUAAUUUGUGAAUAUAAUUUGAUAUCCAUUUAUUGUAUUUUUUUUCUGUGUUUAAUUCGAAAAACACAUUUUGCAUUGUUUUAGUUAUGACAAACAGUGCAUUUAUAGGACUUAUAUUGUGAGUUGCUUGCAAUAUUAUAUCAACAUUAUAUUUUUGCUCUUCCAGAAUUGCUUUGUGUGGUAUAUUUUCAGUAUUUUUAAUUGAUAAAAGUGAAACCUGAACACUGUUUACAUGAAAUGGUCAAGGUUAAACUGUUGUCAAAUGUAAAUGUCAGGUUCAGCUAUUUACAUAUACCUGGUUGUGUUUCAGGUAUGUGUAAAUAGCUGUUGAAUAUCAUUGGGCUCCUAAAUUAGAAAGAAAGUCAAAGAUUGAUUUCAGGAUUGUGGAAUUAAAAGCAGCAGGGAAUUUCCUAGUAAAUCAUGUUUUCAUUUUAUAAUUAUAACUAAUUUUAAGACAUUAUUGUUUGCUACACUAGCAAUUUGAAUUUAUAUGUCAAUCUGAAACUUGCAAUGGUCCCUUGAGCAUAUGGGAGAUGUGCAGGUUUUAACUUUAAAAUUAAUUCAGCAAGAAAUAACCUAAUGUGUUCUUUUAGUGUGAAUUAAUCCUCUGGUAUGGUUAAAUACUAGUUGUGAACUACUUUAGUUUCCACUACAUCUUAAAUUAUUUUGUAAUAAAAAAGUAAGCAGAUCUAUAUAUUUUCAGCACUGCAUGUUUAAAAUUAAAUAUAAAUUAUGUCAACUAUGAAUUAACUCACAAUUCCAAGGGAUUAAAUCUAGAAUGCAGUGACCAACAGUAAUUAAGAGCCUGAUAAAUGCAAUUAUCAACAAAGCAACAGAUAUGAAUUUUCAAGUUUUCAGUCGCUGGGGAGAUUUCGUGAACCAAUGGAUGAAACAACCUGAAGGAAGUGAAAGUACUGUAGUUCGCAACUGGAAGCAGACUGAGAAAAGGGGUAGUUUGCUAAAGAAGCAGUAAAAUAAGUAUGAAAUCACCGAAAGACUGAACAAACUAAUACGGUUGUACAGGUUAAAAUCCAGAUUUGGGGUUGUCAGGCAAUGAAUGAAAACAGACAAUAACGGGGCAAAAAAUAUUUUUUAAAAAUAUUAAAAAUUCUAAGAUGCAUGCAAGCAGCAAUUAGAAGGUUGUGGUAAGAAUAACAUCAGUUCAUUGAGCUCCCAGUGUAACUGAUUCACACUCGAACUGAUUUUGGACUUUGGGCGAAUCCGAGUUUUGAGGCCAAUCAUAGUCCUUUGUUGAGAAGUUUUUGCUCAAACAAAUGAUUCUGAAUUCUCCAAUAAAACUUCAGUUUUCUUUUAUGUUCAAGUUUUUCCAAAAUGUAUAUUUUUCAAAUAAAGCUUUACUUGAAGAAUGUAUGGGAUUGCAUAGAACUUGGUAAUUAUUCAGUUGAAAAAAAGGAAUCCAGUUAAUAUUUCAGUUGUUGUCAGAGGUGAAGUAGAUUGCUAUGGUUGUAGAGUAGUACCCAUUCAUAUUAGCAUUUUGCUUUAAAUUUAUCUAAUCCCUCUUACCACAUUGUCUAAUUUUUAAUUCAAAAUAUUUAUUUUUAAACAUCGGUCAUUGAUAAGAGCAUGAUUAGUAACAGACAUGUUACAUCUGAAUGUCCAAAUAAAAUUGAUGUGGCUAUUCCUGUAUUGUACUGAGUAUUACAUGAGGUCCAUUUGAACCAAAA